CCGUCAUAUUAUCCAAUAAAAUAUCUAAAAAAGGGGAAAUUAAAAGGAACGCUUGCCCAUUUCUUUAUACAACUUUUGUCUUUUUCUUCUUCUCCUCCUUCUUGGACCGCCUCCACUCGUAUUUGGAAGGUUUUUCUGUUUAUUCCAAUGGGUUUUUGGGUAUGAAUUGAAGGCUGAAUUCUUAGCUGACCGGUGAAUUCAAGAGAGAAAAAGGGAAAGGAUUGGAGUUUAAUAGAAUUGGGUGUUUAGAUUGUGCAUAGAUACUAGCAUGGCAUCUGGGAAUACGUUUUUUGAUGACUUGCGGAGCAAGCCUGAGGUUAUUAUUGAUCCUCCAGAAAAUGAAGACAUUUUGGAUGGUGAACUUGUGAAUGAUCCUACUCAACUCGCCACAAAACCAAAUUUGGUUGUGUCGAGCAGUGUGCGUCAAUUGUUGGAGUGCCCUGUUUGCUUAAACGCAAUAUACCCACCAAUUCAUCAGUGCUCUAAUGGACACACAUUGUGCUCUGGUUGCAAGCCAAGGGUCCACAAUCGGUGCCCCACAUGCAGACAUGAGCUCGGGAAUAUUAGAUGUCUUGCAUUGGAGAAGGUUGCUGCAUCUCUUGAGCUUCCCUGUAAAUAUCAAAGUUAUGGGUGUGUAGGCAUAUAUCCAUAUUACAGCAAGCUAAAACACGAGUUGCAUUGUUUGUAUAGACCGUAUAGUUGCCCUUAUGCUGGGUCAGAGUGCACAGUCGUUGGUGAUAUUCCUUUCCUUGUUGCUCACUUGAAAGAUGAUCACAAAGUCGACAUGCACAGUGACAGCACCUUCAACCAUCGUUAUGUCAAAUCAAACCCGCAUGAGGUCGAGAAUGCUACAUGGAUGCUGACGGUUUUCAGUUGCUAUGGUCAGUACUUUUGCCUGCAUUUUGAAGCCUUCCAGCUUGGGAUGGCUCCGGUUUAUAUAGCAUUCUUGCGGUUUAUGGGUGAUGAUAACAAGGCAAAGAACUAUAGUUACAGCCUUGAGGUGGGUGGGAAUGGGAGGAAGUUAAUUUGGCAAGGGGUUCCAAGGAGCAUAAGAGAUGGUCAUCGUAAGGUUCGUGACAGUUUCGAUGGUCUCAUCAUCCAACGCAACAUGGCUUUGUUCUUCUCGGGCGGAGACAGUAAGGAGUUGAAGCUUAGAGUGACAGGAAGGAUAUGGAAAGAGCGGUAACGGAGGGGGUAUGUUCUGUCUUGCCAUAAUAGGGCAGUAGAUUGGUUUGUUUUGGUACAAUUUAAGGGUCUUGUGGUCAUGUAUUUCUUUGGUUUGUUGAGGGGCAAGCUCUCUUUGCUUAUCCAUGGAUCAAAUACAUGAUGCUAACUUUUAUGUCUAAAAAUCAAUUUAUAUAAUUAG